CGAGAAAUCUAAAAGCGCAGAGACAGAGGAGCGGUGUUUUAAUCGGUUCUAUCAAAUCAUGGCUGAUGUUCCUGCUUUAAUUAAUAUCUCUGUAUCGUUGAAGAUCCAGCCGAAUGAUGGACCAGUGUUUUUUAAAGCAGAUGGGACGCGGUUCGGACAGACCAGGACUAUAAAAUUACUAACAGGAUCUAAAUAUAAAAUCGAGGUGCAGGUGAAACCGAGCAACGCAGAACCAUCCACCAUGGGAAUUGGUGGAAAGGAUUUUGAUCUGGAGCUGCAGUCCAAUGAUGAUGAAACAGCUGUUUAUCAUGGGUUUUAUGACACAGAGGGUGUACCACACACCAAAAGCGGAGACAGGCAACCUGUACAAGUUUCCAUACAGUUCAAGGAAGCGGGUGUCUUUGAGACAGUGUGGCAGGUAAAAUACUACAACUACUACAAGCGUGAGCACUGUCAGUUCGGCAACAAAUUCAGCUGCAUCGACUACGAGGUGAAGCCCAACGAAACACGAAGUCUCAUGUGGAUCAACAAGGAGGUCUUCCAGUGAAAUGCAACCUCUUAAGCAAUAACUGAUCCAAGCGCAGCAGCAGCAGCAGUACUUUAUCAAUGUGGACAGUAACCAUCACCGGGCAGUUUAUGUACUGGAUAAUAAAAUAUGCUUGCAAAAAGGCUAACAUGGCUAGUAAUGCAUAAAAGACAGUGGACAUCUAUUACUAUACUUAGUUUGUAAUAUGUGAUCUGUCUCCCACUGAUUACAUUGUUAGCCAUGAAAGCUUUUUUGGAUUGUUUGAAUUGAUUUUAGGAAAAGAGAAGAAAGUCUACAAUCAAUGAGAUCAAUGCUGCACAUUUUUCUUAUUGACUGGAUUUUUGAGUAAUUUAUUGUGCAAGUUCUGUUUUUAUACAUAUCGGUUUACAUGAUUUAUUGUAUUGAAAUGUAUGUUUUUUUCAUCUAUGAUGCAUGUACUGUGUUAACACAUUAAAAUAGUGAGUGUAGGCCCACUUUCAUUAGAUACAUUAUUAGUGAAACUAUCUUGAAUUAUAGGUGAAACUGGGUAUAUUAUAUCCAUACUAUAUCCAUACUGGAUUUUUUUAAACAUGUAUUAUAUAAAGUUAUUACUGCAGAAGCUUGUGCUAUUACUUAGCCAUCUGAGAAAAACAAAACAAAAAACAACCAUAAAAUAAAUAAAAUAAAACACUCAUUUCUGGUGGUCUGUUAUUUGCUAAUAUCAUAAUGUCUCUAGUACAGAUCCAGUCAAAAUUCAAUAGGUGUAAUUCUUUGUAACCAGUCUACACAGACAUGAUUGGCUAUGCUUUUCGGAAGCCCUGCAAUGGAUUGGCAGUGACAAUUUCAUUUGAAAUGAAACCAUUACAACAGUUUAUAAUUAGUAUAAUGAUAUUUGGUGGAAUAAAACAUAGAAGUUAAUAAAUAAAAUGACAAUGAGUCUGCCAUUUGCAUAUCAUUCAGGUCUGGGUAAGCCAAACGUAUACAAAUCCUCUAAUCUGGUAGUACAGAAUCCUGUUGUGAUGUUUAUUUUCCUUGCCUCAUCAAUUGCACAAUAAUUCCUGAUACUGGAAAAUGUUGACUAUUAUUUGUCACUAAGUAAUCAGGAGACCCCAGUUGCUAAGUUGUCCCUGCAGUGGAUACCACAUCAAAAAAGAUAAAUACAGAUAAAUAAAAGUAAAUAUGAAGAGCAGCUUUACUAGGGAUUGUGAUUGUUUUAUUGAGUAAAAUAAUUUUUUUUUUAUAUAUUAUUCUCAGAACAACAAAUAGGCAAUAUAAAUGGAUUACUUUAUCAAGCAACUACUGAUUAUUGAUAUACUGUACAUUGUGAUGCUGUCAUGGGUACAUAUUCAUUUAUCUGUACUUUUACUAACACUGCCUUAAUCAAGGCAUAUUAUUUCUUCAGAAUUUUGCUGUACUCUGUUUCUGCCCGCAAUGACAGCUAUUUAUAUGUAAA